CAUUCAGUCAUUUGUGUUUAUCGCUGAGCUCUGUUGCACCGCUGCUACACUCUCCUCGGACUCAUUCACCUCAUUAUCUGGUGCCAAAGUGAAUGCUUCCUCCUCGGUCUGGCAGGUGCGUACAUUUUGGUUGUGGCUUCAAUAUAUCUUCAUUCUAGGGGCUUAGAAUAAACAGUUUGUGAUAGUGCGCGUCGCCACUGAGAUAGAAUUUAGUCCUGCGUAAAAGUAAACUCAGUCAUCUUAUUUUGCUGCAGCGACCAGCGGUGUGUCUGCGAGUUUAGAGGCUUCUAUUUGUACUCUAUAUUAACAUUUAUACUUCACAGCUCAUCGCGAUAGGUUUACUAUAAUAUCCUAUUGGGGGGAUUGUUAUUUUUGCUGCGAUUUUAGACCCGUAAAGAAUCAUUUUUAACCCCCGUCAUCUGACUUUAGGCCACAGCUCCUCUGCGUAAAGGUGAGCAUCUGGUGUGACCAGUAAGUGUUGCAAAAACAAGGCAGCUGGGCCUCAUUCCGGUUCGGGACUAUAAUCAGUUUAUAGACAAAACAAUUUGAACUGUUGAAGAUAGACUGCAGAAGUCUGGGUUCAUGCCGGAUUUCGAGCACUUCAGAUUUUCCUAUUCGAGCAUGAAUCUGGCCCUGGGGGAGAGCGGCUUCCUGGCCCCACAGCACCACCACCACCAGAUGCCGGGCCAGAACGACUCAGCUAUGAUGGAGCCGGGCUACUUCCUGGGGGACCAGGGAGGCUUCGGGCCUGAUGGGUUGUCCGGGCUGGACCUGGGCUCCUUGCCGCCGUCGGGCCUCACCUACCUGCACCUGAGCAACCCCUUGCACCGCGGACCCCCCGCGGCCACGGCGCUGCGCAACGACCUAGGCUCCAACAUCAGCGUCCUGAAGACCCUGAACCUGCGCUUCCGCUGCUUCCUGGCCAAAGUGCACGAGCUGGAGCGCAGGAACAAGGUGCUGGAGAAGCAGCUGCAGCAGGCUCUGGAGGAUAACGGUGGGGGGGAUGGACACCAGAAGCCGCAGACUAAAGACAUGGGGGUCCAGACUGGAUUUAUCGGGCCUAUCCAAGCCAGACCGGGACUCAUCGCUCCACAACGCCAACAACUCGGCCUACCUGCCCGGCGCCCGGCCCUGAGCCCAAUGGACCCUUCCAAAACCUUCACCAACAUCAACGAGAAGUACACCUCUCACUCCGGGACGAACACCAACUUCAUCACCGCGCCGCCCCCCCGCUUCCUCCCCGGGACGCUCUGGUCCUUCAACCACAGCCGCCGGUUUGGCUCCGGGAGGGAGUCCUGCGCCACGGGCCCCGGGGCCCCCUGGACGCAGCCGGACGGGGUUGGGGUCCAGAUCGACACCAUCACACCGGAGAUCAGGGCCCUGAACAACGUGCUGGCCAAGGUGAAGAGGGAGAGAGACGAGUACAAGAGAAGAUGGGAAGAGGAGUACACAGCCAGGAUGGACAUGCAGGAGAAAGUGGCUGAACUGGAGGAGGACCUGCAGGAGAGCGAGGUGUGUCAGGAUGAGCUGGCGAUGAGGGUGAAGCAGCUGAAGGCCGAACUGGUUCUCUUCAAAGGACUCGUCAGCAACAACCUGUCAGAUCUGGACAGUAAGAUCCAGGAGAAGGCCAUGAAGGUGGACAUGGACAUCUGCCGCCGCAUCGACAUCACCGCCCGUCUGUGUGACGUCGCUCAGCAGAGGAACUGUGAGGACAUGAUCCAGAUGUUCCAGCAGGUGGCCACGCCCCCCUCCACUCUGAGUGGCCGGUCCAGGAAACCGAGCGGCCAGUCGGCGAAGGGCGGAGACGGAGACGAACUGAGCAUGUCCGAGAGCGAGGGAGGCGGGGCUAAAGACGAGGAGUCCUGUAGCACGUCGGCCAAUCAGAUCAACGAGCAGAUGCAGAGGAUGCUGAAUCAGCUGAGGGAGUGUGAGUUUGACGAUGACUGUGACAGCCUGGCCUGGGAGGAAACAGAGGAAACCCUUCUGCUCUGGGAGGAUUUCCCUGGAUACCCACUGGGAGUGGAAACACAGGGAGAGCUGCAGCAGCAGGAGGAGUCCAUCGAGGAGGUGAUCAAAGACACAGAGUGCAUGUUCAGAUCCAGAGAGAAGGAAUACCAGGAGACCAUCGACCAGAUAGAGCUGGAGCUGGCUACAGCUAAGAGCGACAUGAACCUCCACCUGCACGAGUACAUGGAGAUGUGCUCCAUGAAGAGAGGCCUGGACGUCCAGAUGGAGACCUGCAGGAGACUCAUCACACAGAGCGGAGACGGGAAGUCGCCCACGCUCACCCCCCUGACGGUGCACGACUCCGACAGCGAGGAGAAGAAGAUACCCGCCCUCCCCGGCGAGUCUGAGACGAGCAAACCUUACCGCAACGCUGCCACCCCCCUCCUCACCUGGAGGAAACCCUGAAACACACACACACACACACACACACACACACACACACACACACACACACACACACACACACACACACACACACACACACAUACUGCUGGUAAAUAAUCACUCCAAAUCUCUUUUCUUCAUUCAGUGCCGAGUUUAAAUUGUGGUUGUUUUCACUCACCAUGAAACUUCCACACACCUAAAGUGAUUAGGUGUACAUCUGCUGCUUUAAACCAGCAGAUGUCAAAUGUUCUCUUUGAAAGCAUCCAGUCUGAUGUUUGGUCAUUUUCACUUGCCGCCAGCAUGAGCAGGAAAAUUAAAACAAAGAAAGAAAACCGAAUGUGCUUGCAACACUUUUACCUUAUGGUAAAAUAUAGAAAGAUUUAAGCUUCAUAAAAAAAGCGAAAAACAAUUCUCUUGAUGUCCCACUGCUGCCCUCCCAUGGCUAUCAGCUGUAACUGCACCUCAGUGAAGGUCAAACAGAACAAAAUGGCACUUAGACAUUUUUUUACUGGUUCUGUUUGUUGAACAAAAGGACCAUUUUUAUUUUUGCACAAUGAGCUUAAUAUAUCUGAUUGUUUGCACAGUUUCUGUUCUCAUUUACUUCAGCUGCAGGCGCACAGAGAGGCAGCGACGCACACGUUUUCACACUAAUGCUCUUUGAACAGUUUUACUUAUUAUUUACCAUCAAGAAAUGCUUUUUCUUACUGUGUGAUUUAUUUCAUUGUAUGUCAUUCUGUCAUGUGCAAGUAUAGCAGAGGUUUCAAUCCAUAAAUGUGACCCAAUUGCCACUUUUCUGGGAUAUUACUGAACGUUAAAUUAGGAUCUAAAUUAGAAGAUCCUGUUUGACAGAUGUUGAACUAUCAAAGCCUUACUUGCCUUAAACUGAUUCCCCACAUUUUAGAAGUAUCACUCCUUCUCUGCACUAAAGUGAAAGUUAUUCAGGAACACUGUCCAGAAAAUGCAUCAUUAAGCAAUUCAUCUUUCUAUUAAUUAGUAAUUAUUUUAAAAGUGCAUAUUUGAGAACUCCACCUCAGAUUUCUGAAUGUGAAAUAGAAAUUCACGAUGAUAAAGUAGCUGCUUUGAAAGCUUUAAAUAGAGUGUCGGCCAUAUAUGAGGCUUUCCUCUGUUAUGACAGAAGUUGAUAGUUUUCUUAUAUUUGCCCGGUGAACAUUUUGCAUUGUAUUUUAUGUCUGCAUCUGCCAGUGGGCCAUCACGAUUACAGUAGGCAUAUUAAUAUUAAAUUCCUCAACAGAAGCUUGAUAAUUAGGUGGAAAAACCAUCUGCCUAUAUUGGAUAUCGGCAACGUCCAAUGUCAAGCAGUCCUAAUUUCAAACAAUGAUUUAUUUGAGGAGAUUUUUAGAUAAUGUUUCUUUAGAUCCGUCACAAAAAUUCUUUAAGCCUAAUCUAAUAGUUUAUCUUAGAUGUUGAGAAGGCAACUUGUAUAAAAGGACAGAUAUAGGAUUGUAACUAAUGUUUAAUUUGAUUUAUUAAUCCUGCAAUUACUUUCUAGAGAAUGUCAAAUAGGAAGAGUAAAAAAGACUUGAUAGCCAAAAGCUUAUUAUCUUCAGUUGACUACCACAGAAGACUCAAACAAGCACAUAUUCAUACUUGAGUGUCUGGAACCGGUGACAUGUGGGGCAUUGUUGCUUAAAAUAAUUACAAACAAUUCAAAAUGCUUAGAAAUUAUUUUUCUGUCAAUUGAUUAAACAACUAAUUGUUUCAGUUCUGACAGACCAACCUAUAAUUAAUAUGCUAAUGGAAUUAAUGUGUAAAGAAAGCAUUACUCUUGAAAUCCUAUGUGAUAUGUUAUGAUGUGAUAUGCUAUUUAAAGUUCUUUGGCAACAACAGGCAAAAAGGCAUUUACAUUUUUUAUUUUACAAAAGUUAAAACCUAUUUUAAGAAUGUACAGUUUGUAAAGGAUACAUAAUACUGUAACUAAUGUACAUAACAGGGCUGUGUAUAAUGCUUGUAAGCUUCAUGUUCUAUAAUGUAAAUUAAGCAAAGCUCAAUGCAAAUAAACAUUGUCUUUAUACCUUGCAUUUAGUAUUUACAUUGCUAUUAAUCUAAACUAAUGUAGACAUAUUUCGGUAUCAUAUCACUUCAUCUGGCAUGAGUACAAUUUGAAAAGGGUUUCAGAGCGAAUACACCUGCAACAAUGAUAAAAAGUGAAUUUAAGCUGAGUUUCCCAGUUUCCUGUGAGUUUAUGAGUGUAAAUACGCAGAGGAAAGAAGCCAUUUAGCAGGAGGUGUUUUGAGAAAUAAGGAAUAUUUGUUUAAUAGCUUGUGCCUGCUUUUCUGUCUUUGUUGAUAUGAGUGUUCCAACGUUCCUCCCUUCAAACACUGAAACACGUUUCAUCCAAUGAAUGUCUGCUUAGUUAAUAACCCGCCAUGUUCACCUGGUAACCAGAUAAAAUAGAUGGACUUCAAUGUAAAAUAAUUCCUUUUAUGUCAAGGGAAAGCAAAGCUAAGGCAAGUGAACACUUAAAGCGAAGCAAACAUCACCCACCUCAUGAAACUGUGUAAGUGCUGCUUUAAGUGAACUGUUCUAUCUGAAUGUAAAUAACAUCUGAAAACUGAAAUAAAUCAAAUUAUGUAAAAGAUUUAAAGGCCUCAUGAAACAUACACGGCAGGAUGCAAUACAUUGUAAUGCAUUUGAGCAAAGCACGAUGAACACUGCUGUAAUAACCAGACUAUUAAAAUACUGUAUAAUGUGCAGAUUGGAUCGCCUUCUCUCUUCACAACUCAAACAACAUAUUCUUUUUUAAUCAGGUCUUUAAUGUUUUCUUUCUGUCACGAGACUGAAUGUUUGAUCAAUUUAAUGAAAUAUUGCACAGAAUAAAAAACAUUGAAAGAGA